AUGGAAACAAGCCACACCACAGUGAAAAGCUGGGCAUCGUCAUACUUCACACGGAAAAAGUUUUUCGUUUUAUUCGUUUUUAUACCAUUGAUUAGUCUGUUCAUUUUUUGGAGUUCACAAAAAUCAUCUAUAACCAUAGGCAAUGUCUUUUUACCGCGAACAAAAUUAGCUCCUCCCAUUAAAUUUGGGCCAAAGCCAUAUUUUAUGAAAAAUGGCAUAGUCUAUCCCAAAGAGGCGAAAUUCAACGCAAAACUCGGGCGACGUGAUGCUAAACUUCUACCAGAAGAAGAUCCAGACACGUAUGAUCGUUUCGAAAAUCAACUGAUGUUCGUUCCACCGAAUUACUAUAAAACUCGUGACCUGAAGAAAAAUAAGACACUUUUGAUCUAUGGUGGAUACGAAGGAUGGUGGGGUAUUGCAGGACCAAAUAUGGCAACGUGGUUUAGCGAUCGGAAGUGCCCAGUGGAUACAUGCAGAUUCUUAGUAAAUAAAUCUGAUGCAGAAACGGCUGAUUUUCUCAUGUUCGGUGGACAACAUCAACCCAUCAAUUUAAAACGAACACCUAACCAAAUUUACGCUUUUUAUCGCCUUGAGAGCCCCAUUCACUGGCCAGAUAAAUAUCCAAAAUCCAUCAUUUACAAUUGGACAAUAACUUAUAGACAUGACAGUACCAUUCCUAUACCAUACUCAAAAUGGGCUUACUAUGACCCGAAAAUUACGCACAUGCCACAGACUCGAAAUUUUGCCCAAAAUAGAACGAAAAAAGUUGCAUGGAUGGUAUCGAACUGUGAGGCUCACAACGACCGUGAUGUUUACGUUCGUGAACUUCAAAAGUAUAUUCAAGUCGACGUGUAUGGUAAAUGUGGAACAUUCAAUUGUACGGAUACGGAUAAGUGUCUGCGUCAAUUUGCGAAAGACUAUAAAUUUUAUUUGGGAUUUGAAAAUUCGCAUUGCGCCGAUUAUGUGACGGAAAAGGUGUAUCGUAAUUCAUUGGGUCGAGGAGGCAUUAUUCCGGUGGUAUUGGGCGCACGCAAAGAAGACUAUGAACGACAACUUCCAUACAAGUCUUUUAUUUACGUUGAAGAUUUUGCGACACCCAAAGAUUUGGCGGAAUAUUUGCACAAAAUACGCUGA